AUGCCACAGCAUCCUCAGAGGACUCAAGUGCUUUUACCGCAUCGCCGGUUUUCUCUUUCCGCUCUAGCUUCUAGGCUUAGAGGUCCUCCUACUUCACCUCAAAAACUCCAAACCGAAGCGUCAAACAAAACGUCCUCAAGUCAAAUGAUUGUGUGCAGCGAUGAUCGACAUCAGAGUAGCACGCAGCAACGUCAUCAUCUGUGUUUAAGUCAGGCAGCUCGCAAAGGCUUAGUAUCCAUAUCGCAUGCGAGUAAGGAGGCAGCACAUGAGAACACGCAUAACCAGGAGUUAUAUCAUUCUGAUCUGUAUUGCACUGGGGAAGCGAAAAUCACGAAGCCAGCUCGCAAUGUCAAAGAAUACACUCGAACCGAUGAGCUACGCCAUACACAGCUUCAAAGAUGUGUUGAACGUCCGGCUUUGUUGGACGAAGUAAAAUAUCUGGACAGCGAUUGCACCCCAUUAGCUUCGUCUGCAAUCCCAUUUUGGGAUACAGAUGAAAAAAGCUGCCUGCCAUAUACCCCAUCAAAAGUGUUAAGUUCAUGCCAAUGUAAGACUGAACUUGCCGGCGAGAAUCGUGAGGGCGGAAAACAAACCAGCGGAGAUUUUACAUCUGAUCUUGUAGCAGGUUCACAGCCACCUAAUGGCUGUAUAUCCAGCCCAUUGGCCACAGCGCUACAUCGACAAGGAGCUGCUGCAGGAAAGCUCACAACAAGGCUGGAGCACCCUUUUGAAGAAAAAUGCAGGUUACUAUUGAACGAUGGUAUGUCGUCGUCAUGCUUUGCACAGUGGGGAAUAGGGACCACUUGUAGAAAGGGUCUUAAAAAGAGUCAAGCCAAUCAAGAUGACUUCUUCGUCUAUUGCUGUAAUGAGUGGGGCAUGUAUGGCGUCUUUGACGGUCAUGGGCCUGGUGGUCAUUUUGUGUCAAACUUCAUUCAGUGGCAUCUUCCUAAUAUCAUUCAUGACUAUAUCAUUGCCAACAUGGGGGUACCGGAUGCUUUGAAGAAGUCGUUUCUGCGCGUCAACCAAAUGCUAAAAGUAGCAUCGAAAAGGCAAGACUUUGACCUCGUUUCCAGCGGGUCGACAGCGUCAGUAGUACUCCACCGCAAGCAGGAAAACAAGCUCUUCGUAGCACAUGUUGGUGACUCCAAGAUUAUUUUGGCUACCCGCAACAACGCAGGCCGCCUGGUUGCUGAAAGGAUAACAAAGGAGCACAGGCCAAACGACCCCCUGGAGAAACACCGUAUUGAACUGUCUGGAGGAGAAGUCAGAAGACCAGUAGGACACGUCCCAUACCGCGUAUUCGUGAAGGGAAGCAAUUUUCCGGGGCUCGCAAUGUCACGGUCACUGGGCGAUACGCUGGGUCACGCAGUAGGCAUCAUUUCUGUUCCGGAUAUCAUGGAAAGAGCCAUUGUUGAAGGUGUUGAUGAAUACCUGAUAAUCUGUUCUGACGGAGUCUGGGAAUUCAUCAGUGAUCAGGAAGCUGUCGAUAUUGUUUCGCGUUACCCAGCUGACCAGGCGGACAAGGCUGUAGCAAAGUUAAGUUUGGAUGCUUGGAAUCGGUGGGUGGACCGCAACGGUAAUUCUGUGGAUGACAUUACAGCCCAAAUCAUACACAUGUUUCCUUCGAGUAGUCCCCGGUCUUUGGUGAAGCGAGAAGAUUAUGAAAGCUUGACCGCUUCAAAUCGUCUACUUGAAACAUGGGUUUCCAGCCAGCUUGUUCAAGGUUCAUACUACCCCGUGUUCACCAGCGACUUUUCUAGGGCUGUUGAGGCUUUAGGAGGUUGA